GUCACAGGCGAUACAGGGGAAAGUAAACACCACCGCGUACCUCUUCCGCAACGCAGACACCGGCAAGUCCGACUCAUCGCUCAACGUCAGUGCUAACCUACCGUUCAGCAAGAGCACGCACACUUGCACCUUUAUGUAAAGCAAAACCCGACGCCGUCACCAGCUUUGGUCUCUUCUCUUCCCAUUGCUCACAUACCUCGGCAGAGUAUUCUCAACUCCCUGCUCAGCCUUCCCUUCCCUCUCCUCUCCUUCCUCCGCCCACUCCACUCGGAGCUCCAGAAGCUUGGAUGGCGGCCCAGAAGGUGGUGCUCAGGGUCCCGACCAUGACCGACGACAAGGCCAAGCAGAAGGCCAUCGAAGCGGUCGCGGAUAUCUACGGCAUUGAUUCCAUAGUUGCGGAUCUGAAGGACAAUAAGAUGAUCAUCAUAGGCGAGAUGGACACUGUGGCAAUCGCAAAGAAAUUAAAGAAGGUUGGGAAGAUUGACAUUGUGUCCGUUGGACCUGCAAAGGAAGAAAAGAAAGAAGAGAAGAAAGAAGAAAAGAAAGAGGAGAAAAAAGAGGAAAAGAAAGAAGAGAAGAAAGAGGAGAAGAAAGAAGAGAAAAAAUGAUAAAGCAUACCACACCAUCCCAUGGCCUUUCUCCUGUGUGCACUUGUAAUAGCUUUGUCUACGGAUCUAUGUUUCUAAGAGAUAUGACUUUGUACCAUUACAUCUAAAGUUCAUAUUAGUGAUAUUUCUUUACAGAAGAUAA